AUGGGCGAGGUGGAUGGUGUGGGUAAAGUGGAUGAGUUCACAGGUCAGCUUUGGAGACGUUGGCGUAGGCUUCGAGAUGAGGGGGUCGUACAGCCUCUGCAACUAGGUCUCUUUCGCUCUGAUUAUCUGCUGCAUGCGCCAGGCAAUGGGGAACCGAUCUCGCUCAGGCAGGUGGAAUUCAACACAAUAUCGUCGUCGUUUGGGGCGUUAUCGGAGCGGGCUGCCGAUCUCCAUGAGUAUCUGUACAAAUCAACUCAGUACUAUGGCGCCUCGUCGCAUCUCAGGGCCGAGAACUUCCCACCAAAUCGAACAACUGCAGGACUCGCAGAAGGGCUCGCAGAAGGGCACAAGGCGUACGGGAUCUUGAACAAUUUCGCCCUUGCUGAAGUGAUCAUGGCUAGCGCAUGUAUCCUAUUUGUGGUCCAGGACAACGAGCGCAACGUCUUCGACCAGCGUUGGCUGGAAUACGAACUCCUAGACAAACACGGGAUCCACGUCGUGCGCCAGACCUUCAGCCAAUUGACGAGCUCUGCAGAAGUCGAUCCAACCACGCGCGCCCUGCAAGUCACGCUUGCGCCGGGACUUCUUCCUUAUGGCUCCCAACGAGUGGAGAUUUCUGUAGUCUAUUUCCGUGCGGGCUACACCCCGGUCGAUUACCCCACGCCGGCGCACUAUGAUACGCGCUAUCUCCUCGAAAGCUCACGCGCAAUUCAGUGUCCGUCCAUACAACUGCAGCUCGCUGGCGGCAAGAAGGUUCAGCAGGUCCUGACGAAUCCGGGAGUUCUCGAGGGCUUCCUGUGCGAUGAGGCCCGCUGGGGAACGGCUGUGUUUUCCCGCGAAGAUAUUGAUGCGCUCCGCUCGAGCUGGAUGGGCAUGUGGGGGCUCGACGAGGAUGUUGAUACGCCACGCGAUGCGCCGCAGCUGCCCGAAUCGUCCGGUGUGCGGAAGGCCCGCGCACUCGCAUCUUCACUCGUGCUAAAGCCGCAGCGCGAGGGCGGCGGCAACAACAUCUAUAAGGAUGCGAUACCCGCGUUCCUUGACACUUUGCCGCCCGUUGAGCGUGAAGCAUGGAUCGCCAUGGAGCUCAUCGCUGCACCGGAGGGCUUGGGCAACUUCCUCGUCCGUGCCGGCGGAGGCACGGACAGUGCGGUGAAGACGGACGUGGUGAGUGAAUUAGGUAUCUUCGGCUGGGCGCUGUUUGGUGGGAAGGACGGCGCUGUGCGGGAGAAAGAAGUUGGGUGGCUGGUCAGGACGAAGGGAAAGGACAGUAAUGAAGGUGGUGUCGCUACUGGGUUCUCAGUGCUGGACUCGCUCCUGUUGGUUGACGAUUAA